AUGCAUCUUCUGUUCCUUGUAUUUCGCCAAAAGCUUCAGGGUCAAGAGAGGUUCCAAUCCGGGUCUACUCUACGGUCCAGUGUGCAUCUAGACAAAAGUAACCCAGCGUCGAUGGCCGGAAAACUUGAUCGGACGUGUAGACGUGGUGUCCAGGGUGUCCAGAUCAAUCAGGUUUAUUGGCCGAGGCACGAAGACUGGGACCAAACGUGGGACAUGCGUCUGGCCAGCAGAAUCAGAAGUCAGAGCUAUCGUUGCACGUCAUCCCACCUUUCCUGUACCACCCCUCACAAAACCCAGAGGCAUGAAAUCAUCUCUGGAAUAUUCCAAACAGUUGACUUUGAAACUCUCAAGGCAUUCCAUCGUGUCUGUCUACGGCGGUAUCGGGUCGCUACAAAUUUCUUAUUUUGUAGAGUUCGCACAGAUGGUGGUCUGUUGGAUUUGAUUCGUCCCGAUCGAAGCCUGCGGCAGUUAACCGUACGACCGACGAUCGCUGUCGUUCACCAGGUCCAUAGACGACGCUUCACAACGGCACUCACGGGUAUGGACUCUCGAGAUAGUCCAAUUCUGCCGGCUCUCCAAGGAAUUCGGCUUAUCGCCAAUGAACCGCCGUGUCUGUCCUUGCCCCUCUUCACUGGGCUUCGAAAUCUUCAGAUCAACAUGGAAACCGUUCGGUUACCGGAGGGUCUUACAUGGAAGUCAUUGACAGACCUGAGUCUGAGGGCAUAUCGGGACAUUGCACUUAGCAAUGGUGUCUAG